AUUAUCUAUGGAUGCGCCACGUGGGCGACUGGAGUCUGGACGAGGACUGCACUGACAGCUGAACCCUCAGCUGGACAAUAAACACUGAGAUCCAGGAAUAGUCUGUUUCAGUGGUGAACAACAGAACAGGUGAAGAUGGAAAAGUUAGGAAAACCAAAAUAUGAUUUUUCUAGUUUGUUGACAACUCCAGCGUCUGGAAAGGAGUCAGAUGGUUCUUAUAUUUCCUUACCCAAUGGCAACACUAGUGCUGUUAGCUAUGCUGUUAGUAGUGUUCGAUGGAGUUUUUCCAGUUUGGCAAAGAGGAGAUUCACAGCAACUCCCCAUAGUUCCAUUCAUCGUCAAAAUUCAUCAAUUUCAGCUACACCAUCUACUCCUAGCCUUCAAUCUGCAGUCAUUGUUGCCAUUGUUGAAGGCAGAGGACAUGCACGUGGAGAAAUAGGAAUGGCUAGUAUUGACUUGAAGAACCCAGAGUUGAUUCUCUCUCAAUUUCCUGACAGACAGACUUAUGUUAAAGUACUUACUAAAUUGGAAGUUUUGAAUCCAAUAGAGAUAAUAAUGCCCAACACAGCUUGUGAAGGUGAUUCUACUACAAACCUCUUUCAUAAGAUUAGUAACUAUUGUCCUCGUGUAAAUUUAGCUACAGUGCAGAGAAAAUACUUUAAUGAAGGGAAAGGACUUCAGAUGGUGCGUCAGUUUGUUGUCUCUGAUUAUAAUAGUGUUGAGCUAGAAAUUGUGACGAAGUAUUACUGUCUUGCUGCUGCUGCUGCACUAUUGAAAUAUGUGGAAUUUAUACAAAACACAGUCUUUGUGUCAAAUUCACUGAAAGUAAUUUUUCGAGGCAGUGAACAGACUACAAUGAUAGAUGUUGCUACUGUUAAAAACCUUGAGUUGAUAUCUAAUAUGCAUGAUCCCAAGUCAUCUCAUUCUCUUUUUGGAAUAUUAAACUACACUAAAACACAGCAAGGAGCUAGGUUAUUGAGAUCAAAUAUACUGCAACCUCCUUGUAGCCUAGAGACUAUAAAACUUCGACAAAAAUGUGUUCAAGAGUUCAUUGAUAAUGAAGAUAUAUUUUUUGCAGUGGAAUCAGUAUUAAAGCGAUUUUUAGAUGUAGAUCAUCUAAUAUCAUUAUUAGUCCAGAUUCCUAAAAAUGAAACAGUGAAAAGCGCUGAAAAUAAAAUUAACUUAGUUAUAUAUGUGAAGCACUGUCUUGAGCUAGUCAUUUCUCUUCAAGAUGCUAUUAGUACAAGUCAAAAUCCUCUCUUGAAGACAUUUAAUGAAAUUUUAAGUGAUAAACGUUUUCCAGAUUUGCUGCAGGAAAUACAGAAGAUUGUUCAUGACGAUACUCAUUAUCAGAAAGGAUCUUUGAAUAUGAGGGCUCAAAAGUGUUUUGCUGUUAAAGCUAACUUAAAUGGGUAUCUUGAUGUUGCACGUAAAACUUACUCUGAAACUAUUGAUGACAUUGACGAAUUAAUGACUCAAUUAAGAGAGAAUGAAACGCUAAUGUUGAAGACUGCUUACAACAAUACAAGGGGCUUUUUCAUUCAAAUAACUGGAUUUACAAAUGGCCAAGAUUUAGACAUUGAAAGCCUUCCACCAGUUUUUAUAAAAGCUGUUAAAACCAAGACGUCAAUUAAUUGCACAACAGCUGAUUUGAUAAAGAUGAAUGAUCGUUGUUCUGAAUCAUUGAAUGAAAUUUAUAUAAUGACUAAUGUUGUUAUUGGUGGCUUAUUGGACGUGUUGCGAAAGAAUAUAGGAUGCUUAUACAAGUUGUCAGAGUGUGUGGCAAUGCUAGACCUACUGCUCUCUUUAGCCCAUACCUGUACUGUUUCCAAGUACACAAUACCUGAGUUCACUGACACUUUAGCAAUAAGGCAAGGGUUCCAUCCUAUUUUACAAAAGAUAGCAUUUGAAGACCUUGUUCCAAACAAUGCUUAUGCAUCUGAUGAGACUAACUUCGUUAUAGUUACUGGCCCAAACAUGAGUGGAAAAUCUACUUACAUGAAACAAGUUGCUUUGCUUCAAAUAAUGGCCCAGAUUGGUUGUUUUGUUCCAGCAGAAUAUGCUAGUUUUAGGCUUACCCACCAAGUUUUUUCUCGUAUUGGUUCAGAUAAUGAUAUUGAAACUAAUGCAUCAACAUUCACUGUUGAAAUGAGGGAGAUCAAUUACAUAUUACAGAAUAUCAGUGAUGAUUCACUUGUAGUCAUUGAUGAACUGGGACGAGGAACAAGUAGUGAAGAGGGUGUUGGGUUGUGCUAUGCAAUUUGUGAAAAGCUUCUCAUGACAAAAGCUUUUACUUUUUUUGCAACUCAUUUUCUUGAACUCACCCACUUGGAAACUUUAUAUCCAAAUGUUGAAAACUAUCAUUUUGAAAUGAAAUGUAUCAGUUCCAGUGAUGAAGUGUUUAGUGCUGCUUUUACUCAUCAUUUAGUUAGAGGUGAAGCAGAAUCAACACAUUACGGCCUUAGUUUAGCAUCCUUGUCAAUGUUACCUCAAUCAAUACUAAAUGAUGCAGGUGAAAUUAUUAAAGAAAUUCAGCUUCAGAAAGCAUCAAAUCAGCCACAGUCCAAGGACUCUCUUGUACUUUUAAAAGCAUGCAGACUUGGUACUAGGCUAGUACAAACAGUUCGUAGUUCAAAAUUGGAUCAAACUUCCCUUCGUGUCUUUUUGCAGCAUCUGAAAGAACAAUUUCAAUGACACUAACUAAAAGAAAUGCUCAUAACCUUUACAUGUACACGUACAUCUUGGUAUACACAUUAUAUAUACACA